AUGCUCAAUUUGACCACCCGGUGGAAUUUGAUUGUAAUCGGUGAUCGAAAGACUCCGCGCGACUGGCUUUCACGUCUGCAUGGCAACCAAUCGCGUGUUCUCUUCUUGCCCAUUGAUGAACAGCCAUCACUGGGCUAUUCUAUUCUCGACUACUUGCCUGAAAACUCGUAUGCUCGGAAGAACAUUGGCUAUCUAGUUGCCAUUCAGUGUGGAGCUCAAACCAUAUUUGAAUCAGACGAUGACAAUCUAUUAGAAACAGACGACAUUCGUGUUUUGCCUAAAAUUGCUACACCAAGCCAUGUACCUUGGUUAGCCUUUCGUCGGCAACGAUCACCUUUUGUCAACAUCUAUGGCUCCUUUGGCCAUCCACAAAUAUGGCCAAGAGGAUUCCCUGUGGAUGAAUUAAAAAAUGUCACUGAAGACGGAUGGCAUUCCUUGAGACGAAAUGAGGAUACGAAAACAAAUGUCUAUAUUCAACAAUACCUAGCCGAUCUUGAUCCUGAUGUCGAUGCCUUAUAUCGUUUGACUAAUCCUCUCUCAAUCGGUCGAAUCAAGUUCGAUCCAAACCAACCUCCAGUGGCACUUCAACCGUUCACUUUCUCACCGUAUAACACUCAAAACACAGUUACACACUAUGAGGCUUUUUGGGGCCUUUACCUACCAGUAACAACAGCAUUUCGCGUUUGUGAUAUUUGGCGAGGUUUCUGGGUGCAACGUCUUUUGUGGGACAUCGGUGGUCGUCUGAUGUUUGCCACAGCUACCGUGAAGCAAGUAAGAAAUACUCAUUCUUACAUCAAAGACAUGGAUGAGGAACAACAACUGUACCAUCAGUCAGGCUCGUUCGUUCGUUUUCUCGCUUCGUGGUCAUCCCCUUUACCAUCGCUUGCCCAGAGAAUUGCUCAGUUAGGCAGAGAUGUGGCUCGGGCUCAUUUUUGGGAGUCAAAAGAGGUCGACAUUGUGGACGCUUGGCUAGCCGAUCUUCGUUCAGUGGGCUAUUCUUUUCCGUCGAUCGUCUAUCCGUCACCUCCUCGUGCCGUUAUCCAGAAACGAGCAGCCGUAUGUGUUACUGGCUUUGUCGAAUGCGUUCGGGAAGCAUGGGCGUCUACUGAUGUUGCUAUUCGAGAACGUCUUCGUGGCGAAAUUGACACCUUUCUUUUUCUCUCCUCAUCUCUAGUCAAAGGUCCUGUUCCAUUGGCUACGCGACUCAAACAAGCGCGCUCUUACCUAAACUCAACAGUGACAGUACUCUAUGAAGAUAGAGACAUUGAUCCUGGCAUUCCUACCGAUUGUAAACCCGAGUUUCAGAUUGCCAACGGAGCUCGCAUUCCUGUUCUCGGCUAUUUACAACAACUGUGGUCUCUUGCUGAAUGUUAUCAUCUCGUGAAAGACUAUGAGCAACGUUUCCAUAUUCAGUAUCAACUGCUGAUUCGCGCACGUGUCGACACAGUCGCUCGAAUGCCACACACAUUUGAGCGACAGGGUGCGUUCAAUGUCAAUACGACACUCAUCAUCCCACGUAAUCGUUACUUUCCGACAGCAUAUGACGACGGUUUUGCCUUGGGUCCUAUGGAACUGAUGUAUCAUUUUAUGACGAGGUGGUAUGGUCUUCGGCACUGUCCAUCAGAUAACAAGUAUCAACCAGGCAUCUUUUUGAAGAGACAUUUGCUUCGUUUCACCAAUGUUACAAUCGAUCCGGAUAUGACUGGUGCAUCUGAUGCCAUCCCACAUGGACCGAAUAAUUGUCAUUAA